AGCCAGGGCAAGGAAAAGGCGUGGCAAACUAGCAAUGGUAGCGCAGCGUACGAUAGCGGAAACCAGAGAGCGAGCUGAAAUCCACUAAAAUGCGCUGAAUCGUCCCCGUGAUCUGGGGAUCUCUCGAAGCUCGAAAACCCUAGUUUUAUGUGGAUGAUGUGGGGAGAAGGGGGGAGAUUCUAUUGGGGGACGAGCGAGAAGGAGAGGAGAGAGAGGGAAUCCAAUGGCGUCGUGGUAAUUUUUGCGUGGUUGUCGAGCCAAGAGAGGAACUUGAAGCCCUUCAUUGAUCUCUACUCGUCUCUUGGAUGGAUCUCUUUUGUUUGCCAUUCUGAUUUCCUCACUCUUUUUUUCCCAGACAAAGCCGCAUCACUUGCCUGCGGCGUUCUUAAUGAGAUUGUUAAGGAAGUAAAGAUUAGAUCUUUGCCAAUUGUAUUUGCAUCUUUUUCUGGGGGACCCAAGGGCUGUUUAUACAAGGUUCUUCAGCUGAUGGAGGGGAAAUGCCAAGGACAACCAAGUCUGGAUGAGUAUCUGCUGGUGAGAGACUGUGCGUGUGGACAACUGUUUGAUUCCAGUCCUGUAGACUUUACCAGUGACUUGGGCACUCGAUUUGUCCUUCAUCCAAGCGUACUUAAAAUGUCUCAACCACCAAGAGUAGUAUCAUGGAUGGCAAAAGCUUUUGCCUCUGGGCUGGACACACUAUUCAUAAGCAGAUUUGAGGCGCAACGUGCUGAGUACUGGGAAACUCUACUCUCAUCAGUUAAUGUGGGUCCAAUACUCAUACUUUGUUCAGAAGACGAUCAACUUGCUCCAUACCCAGUUGUCUCUAAUUUUGCUCAAAAUCUGCAAGAACUCGGUGGUGAUGUUAGACUAUUGAAAUGGAAAAGUUCCCCUCAUGUAGGUCAUUACAAGCAUUACCCAGCUGAAUACAAAGCUGCGGUAACUGAGCUCCUUGCGAAGGCAACACUUCACUAUCAACAGAAGAAAAAACAUUCACCAAUAGACCAAACAUCAGGGAUGGCUGGUUCUUCCCGCAAAAUAUCUGAAUCUGUUUGUUGUCUCCAUAAAGCAGCAGAUUCUUCGAACAACAGCCUCAGACGAGUAGCCAUCGAUCCUAGUGACCAUUUCUUCCUACCGAGCUCCACAGAGUAUCACGAAACUAAAGAAGGGGGUUCUCUGGUCAACGAGCAAAGGGGAGGGUCAUUUCAGAUGCAGGGCCCGCCAACUGUCAACGCGAAUGGAGUUUUAGGUAAAAUCCUUUUCGAUGUUUGUGUUCCUAAGAAUAUAGAAGGGUGGGAUAUAAAGCCGGUUGCUUCCUCUCACCGCAAUGGUCCUUUCAAUCCUAUUAAAUGCUUAAGACGGUCGAGAUUGUAGGAUUGCAGUAGCUUUUAAGUGUUGUGAUUUGAGCUUGUGGAGAGGACUUCAAUUGACAGGUCAGUGUGUAAUGGCCUAGGUAGGAGCCUGUACUGCUUCCUCCCUCGUGCAAAUGUACAGAAAUACUGAGUUUUGCGGUGUUUUGGCAUGAAAUUGUCUCGGGCAGUGUUGAACCAAAUCAUAGAAUUUGAUCAUCUCUUCUUUAUAUUAA